AUGUGUCUCCAACGUUCACGCAUCGCUUUAUCAAGCAACUGCAGGAAAAUAAUCAGUUGCAGAGAUGCUAUACGCAGAACAUCGACUGCCUGGAACGCAAGGUUGGCAUUGAAGAGCAUCUCUUGGUGGAAUGCCAUGGCAGUGAAAUGUGACAAAUGCUUGAGGGCUUUCAGCCAAGAGCGCUUCUUCAAAAGUGCCACACCGCCAAGAUGCGGCUGCGGAGGACUCAUUCGCCCAGACAUCGUCCUCUUCGGCGAGACGUUGCCGGAGGGCUUUCAGAAGCUCUCGAAGGAGGACUUCCAAACUGCAGAUCUGGUGAUCAUCAUGGGCACCUCCCUGAAAGUGCAGCCCUUCGCGUUGCUUCCAAAGCGCUUCAAACCCGGCUGCGCGCUGCUGGUGAUCGACCGGGAGUUCCCACAGAGCCUACAGCUCCACCGCCAGGUGCGCGCCCUGCGCACAAAGUUCAGCGGCACGAAGCUCCGGAGGCAUGUCUUCCUGGCCGGGGACUGCGACACCAGUGUCCGAUGGCUCAUGGAGGGCUUGCACCUGCGGAUUGUGGGCCUCGACUGUGCCGAAGAGUUGCCUUUGUUGGAAGCCGCAUUGGCCAGGCGUGAGUUGUGGAUCAAAUCUGCCACCUUGGUGAAGAUCGGGUGCCAUGUGGACCAGAGCUUUGAACUGAUGCCAGCGAGCAAAAGCCCAAAGCAAACUCUGAAUCAGGAUAUCGAGGUGACUUCUGCAUCUGUUGCUGAGGUCCUUGAGGCUGUGCCACAUGCAGCUGCCGCUUUGCCUGCUAAUAUGGAGCAGGUUAUGAAGCUCUCAGUGGAUUGUCCGGCAAGGGGAGGAGAGCGAGCUGCGGUUAUGAGAAUGAUGAACAAGUUGAGGUACAGACUCAUCACGGGGAUAUUGAAGACCGACUUGGCCAACGGCAUCUCCGACAUCUUUUUUAUCACGCCUGAUUUGGAGCUGAGUGGUUCUGCCAAAACGGAGGACCUUCUUGCAGCUGAGUUCAGGUUGGCAGUGUUUUCGCAAUUGCAGAAAGUCAUCUCGACAGUCACAAUGAAAUCCCAAAAUUCCAUGUCCGUCCCGCCUGGUCAGAGUGUGAUUGAGCACAUCAGCAGCAAAGCAAAGCAGCAAGGAGCCUUGCCGCAACUGCCAAUUGUGCUACGGGAUUUGCAACGGAAGUUGGAGUACCAGCUGCAUGGUCCUGCAUCCUCUGGCCUGUUGAUUGAUGGCUUCUGCAAAUACGUCGGCAUCGGUUUGGCGCAGAGGAGCCUUCAGGAAAUGCUGGGUUUCAAGCUGGAAGAGGGUGCCACACCCUCUUUGGUCCUAGAGAUCCGCACAUGCUUUGUCUCUGAAAAGGUUGCACAGAGCGCAGGCCAACUCGCGGAGUUCUCGCACCUCUUGCACGAUGCCAUCGUUGGCACACAGGAGUUUGCAAACUUUGUUUCGUGGCUCGACAUCCCGAGCCGCACAUGGACCAUCGACCGGGUCUAUUUGAAUGGGGUCCUCCCGGCAGGCAAGCGAUACGGCGCUAGAGCCAUCGCGGAGCAUUUGCUGGAGCCGCCCUUACUCUUCUUUCAGAGUCGUUCAAAGGCGCAGAUCGGCAGCUUCUUGGAUUCCAUGCCGGAUCUGGAGAAGUUAGUUGUCAGUGACAUCGUGAACUGGAAUACCUACUUGCUGAUGGCUGUUGUGGGCACUUCAGAAGCAGACACCAACAAAAAGGUGGGAGACGUCUUGGGCUUUGCUCUUGACACAGAGUUAAAUGCUGCUGGCCUAAGCAAGAAGAUGCUCUACAACGGCUCAGUCUUGGAGGUGUUCCAACAAACGGCCUUAGGAAAGAUGUCUUCAGAAGCAUUGGCGAUAUGGAAUGAGAAGCUGAACAGAGCCAUCAAAAUGAAGUCUGCGGAAGUGGUUUACGGUGCCGGUGAUGAGGAAAUCUUCGGCCAGCGCAGGCCACGCAUGGCGGUGAUAGUGCAGCUGAUGGAAGAGCAUGCCGAAACACGGGCAAAAGGCAGACUGGGCAUUGACACAGCGAUGCCAAAUGACGGCUUUCAGGUGGAGAGCCAGAGCCAGACCCAGUUAGAAGGCAUGGGCGCCUUUCUGGAAGGAGUUUGGGGCAAGAGCCAUUCCAAAGUUCAUGUUCCAGCCGGUACGAAUGGGCCACAAUACUUUGCAGGUUUGUCGAGCGCCAUGACCUGCUUGCUGCAUGAACUUCAAGUGGAACGAGGCCUCUCCUGCCGUGCCACGGCUGCUGUUGGCAAGGCCAUGGCAACAGCAUUGGAUAGGUUGCAAAGGCAACGGAGCAGCACUGACAAGGUCCUUGCGCAGCUCUCGGACUUGGUGCGACAAGCCUUGGACCUUACGGAACGAGGCGUGCUGGAGCGCAAGCACAAGGAUAUCUUCACCUGGCAUCAGGAGUUCUCCGUGGGCAUUGUGUUGCAAAGAGGCUUGGUGAACGAUGCCAUUAAGCACACGAUCCCCACGUGGAUGGGCCGCUAUGCGACUGUUUGCGCCACACCAGAUACCGGCUAUCACGUACUUAUGGACAAGCUUCUGAAGAGCAUUGUGCAGGCGAUAGGCUUGGCCUCGGAGGGGCUGGACCUGUCACCUGAGCCUGACCCGUUUGGAAAGGUGGAACGUCUCGAGCGCUGUAGCUUGGUAUUGCGGUUCAAAGAGCACAUCGGCAGGGAGAGGGCCAUGCUGGCAGCGAAAGGGGAAUCUAGGUGGGCUCAGGAGGUUGAGGAUCGAGCAAAGCGCCUUUUCGGGGAGACGACUGACGGCACAAAGGAGUUGUUGCAGUCGAUUUUGGAGGACAAGUUGCUAGGCCACGCAACGGAGAGCAGAGUCCUUGUAGAUGCUUUGACAGAGAUGCACGGGCUUUACGAGAAGGAGGUGAAGAGCGAUUUCACGAUCCCGGCCGAAAAAGCUGUUCACUGGUUCGAGAUUCUAACGCGAUGGAUUGACUUUGCGUACGACCACAUGCAGACUGAGAUCGAAGCCCUCGGCGAAGAUCUUCCAGCAGACAACGUUGCUCUUCCACGGGUUGACGUUGACUUGCGAGUGAGACUGCAGGAUGACGUAGGCGAUGAGGAUUUACGCCUCCUGCUUUCUGAUCUCAGAGCAGGCAAGUUGCAGAGAAUUGUUGUGAUGGCCGGCGCUGGCAUCUCUGUGUCCGCGAAUUUGCCUGACUUCCGGUCGAAGGGCGGCCUCUACGACCAGUUGCGGCAGAGCACCAAUAUCAGCUUGUCAGAGAGCAUCUUUAGCCAGGACUUCCUGCAUUCUGACCCUCAGGUCUUCUUCGAAGUGAUGCAGAAGCUUCGUGCAGAUACUACGUCCCCAACGUUGACGCAUCACUUCAUAGAGCAGCUGCAAGAGAAGAAUCUGUUGCAGCGAUGCUACACACAGAACAUCGACUGCCUGGAGCGCAGAGUUGGCAUUGAAGGAGAGGAUCUCUUGGUGGAAUGCCACGGCACGACCGCGCGGGCGAGGUGCAACGAGUGCAGUGAGGUGUACAGCAAGGAGCACUACUUCAAGAACGCCACGCCGCCGAAGUGCCGCUGCGGUGGACCCAUUCGCCCAGACAUCGUCCUCUUCGGCGAGGCGUUGCCGGACCGCUUUCAGAAGCUCUCGAAGGAGGACUUCCAAAGCGCAGAUCUUGUGAUCGUCAUGGGCACCUCCUUGAAAGUGCAGCCCUUCGCGUCGCUUCUGAAGCUCAUCAAACCGGGCUGCGCGCUGCUGUUGAUCAAUCGCGAGUUCCCGCAGAGCCUGCAGCUGCACCGCCAGGUGCGCGCCCUGCGGUGCCGGCUCAGCGGCACGAAGCUCCGGCGGCAGGUCUUCCUGGCCGGGGACUGCGACACCAGUGUCCGAUGGCUCAUGCAGGAGGUUGGAUGGACGUUUCACCAGAGUAUAUCUGUCUAG